UGGCAACACAAAGAAAAAUAAAAAACAGAAAGAGAAGAGGAAGAAGCUUCGUUUAUCCUGAUCGAUAAACCCGGCAAUGAACUUCAACUACCAUAAUUGUCCAUAAAUAGUACAAUUACCCACAGAGUGAGCUCUAAGCAACAAGAAAUUCCGCUAAUACUUUUGACUCUUUCGCUAAUGAGCAACCAACAGUCUGUAUUUAUUCUCUCUAAGCUCAAGUAAACCGCAACUUAAUCUCUCUCUCUUUCAGCCCGUGAACUCGAUUCUUCGACGGAACUGAAAUCGGAAGAGGCGGAAGCCAGGCUAAACACAAACGUGCAAUUCUCGGAUUCCUCUUUCUGCGCUCAAUCGCUUUGCUUGGACGCGAGAUCGUCAUUCUUCUCCGGUUUGUUUGUCUUCUGCGGUGAUAUCUGUUCGCUUCUCAAGCUCAACAUGCGGAGACUGUUUGUUUGGUCGUGCCUGCUACUGCUAUUGCUGCACAUAGAUGGCAGAGAAGUGGAUGCAGCUUCUAAGUACUUAAUUGGGCUUGGGAGCUAUGAUAUCACAGGGCCAGCAGCUGAUGUUAACAUGAUGGGGUAUGCUAAUUCGGAACAGACUGCAGCUGGAGUUCACUUCAGGCUGAGAUCUCGUGCAUUUAUUGUAGCAGAACCACAGGGAAACCGCAUUCUAUUUGUAAAUCUUGAUGCUUGCAUGGCCUCACAGAUUGUUACCAUUAAAGUUCUUGAGAGGUUGAAAGAAAGGUAUGGGGACCUCUACACAGAAAAGAAUGUUGCCAUUAGUGGUAUUCACACUCAUGCUGGCCCUGGGGGAUAUCUACAGUACGUAGUGUAUAUAGUAACGUCACUGGGAUUUGUCCGGCAGUCAUUUGAUGCUCUUGUCGAUGGAAUUGAGCAAAGCAUCAUUGAAGCUCAUGAAAACCUGCGGCCUGGAUCAAUAUUUGUUAAUAAAGGAGAGCUGUUGGAUGCUGGUGUGAACCGCAGUCCUAGUGCAUAUCUGAAUAAUCCCUCCGCUGAACGUAAUAAAUACAAGUAUGAUGUCGAUAAAGAAAUGACCCUACUAAAGUUUGUAGAUGAUGAUUGGGGUCCAGUUGGUAGCUUUAAUUGGUUUGCUACCCAUGGAACUUCAAUGGGCCGUACAAACUCUCUAAUAAGUGGAGACAACAAAGGUGCUGCUGCUCGAUUUAUGGAAGACUGGUUCAGCCAGAAUAGUAUUGAAACCGAGGUCUCUAAUGUAACCAGAACUAUUAAAUUGCCAAGAAGGAUCUCAAACAUCAUCCCUAUUCAUGAGAAGCAUCAUGAGUUACUGGAACUUGCUGCUUCCUUCCAGUCUUCUUCGGGUAAGCUAGCUACCAGGCUCACGAGUGUUGCUCGACGUGUAAGGUCUGCACUCAGGCUUGCUGACAAGCCUAGAUUUGUCUCAGCAUUUUGCCAAACGAACUGUGGUGAUGUUAGUCCAAAUGUACUUGGUGCUUUCUGUACUGAUACAGGGUUACCUUGUGAUUUCAAUACCAGUACAUGUAAUGGGAAAAAUGAGUUAUGUUAUGGACGAGGACCAGGAUACCCAGAUGAGUUUGAGAGUACUCGUAUCAUUGGGGAGAGACAAUUUAAAAAAGCAGUGGAACUUUUCAAUUCUGCAUCAGAGCAGCUGAAGGGGAAAAUUGAUUACCGCCACACCUAUCUGAACUUCUCCAACCUUGAAGUGACCAUUCCCAAAGAAGGUGGUGGUACUGAAGUUGUAAAAACCUGUCCUGCUGCCAUGGGGUUUGCAUUUGCUGCUGGUACAACUGAUGGUCCUGGUGCUUUUGAUUUUACCCAGGGUGAUGACCAGGGAAAUGCAUUUUGGAGAGCGGUACGUGACUUACUUAAAACUCCUGGUAAGGAACAAGAGGAGUGUCAGCAACCAAAACCUAUUUUGCUCGAUACUGGAGAAAUGAAGUUGCCUUAUGAUUGGGCUCCUUCAAUACUUCCAAUCCAGAUCUUAAGAGUAGGACAGCUUGCAAUUCUCAGCGUACCUGGAGAAUUCACUACAAUGGCUGGGAGGCGUCUACGAGAUGCAGUAAAAACAGUGCUCACAAGUGCUGCGUCAGAAUUCAACAGUAAUGUUCAUGUUGUGAUAGCUGGGUUGACUAAUACAUAUUCACAAUAUGUUACUACGCAUGAGGAGUAUGAGAUACAAAGAUACGAGGGUGCCUCGACAUUGUAUGGUCCACAUACACUGAAUGCCUACAUUCAAGAGUUUAAGAAGCUCGCAAAGGCCACGGUAACUGGUCAGUCUGUGGAAGCAGGCCCCAAUCCUCCAGAUUUACUAGACAAGCAGCUAAGCUUCUUGACACCAGUUGUAGUGGAUACAACACCACUUGGCACUAGCUUUGGAGAUGUCGUGACAGAUGUUCCUAAAAACUCCACUGUGAAGAGGGGAGACCUGGUGACAGUUGUUUUCCAAUCAGCAUGCCCCCGAAAUGACCUCAUGACUGAGGGUACAUUUGCCCUUGUGGAGAUCCUCCAAGGAAAGGACACCUGGCUUCCUGCGUACGAUGAUGAUGACUUCUGUCUUAGGUUUAUUUGGUCAAGACCCGCUAAACUAAGUCCUAAAAGCGAAGCAACCAUAGAAUGGAGAAUACCCUCCUCAGCCACUCCUGGUGUAUACAGAAUAAAGCAUUUUGGUGCUGCAAAGUCUCUUCUAGGCUCCAUUAAACACUUUACUGGUACAUCAAGUGCUUUUGUGGUCGUUUAGUGAAGACUCUCUGCUGUUUUCUCGCUUGUGUCCAAUUACACCAGUAUCAUGCGAGUGUACUGAAGCAGUUAAAGCAAUAGCUCCCACACGUUUUAUAGAUAUAAUUACAGUUCUGCUAUUGCAAAAUAUAAUUAUCAAAACAGUUUAUUAAACCCAUUUGUUCUACAAUUUGUACUCGACUAUAUC